AGAUGCUAUUCCUCUGGAGGAAGGAAAGGUUUUAUAUCAGGUUUUGUGGAGAACAUCAAACAGGAAUUAGCCAAGAACAAAGAGAUGAGGGAAAGCAUCAAGAAAUUCCGAGAUGAAGCAAAAAAGCUGGAGGAAUCCGAUGCCCUUCGGGAAGCAAGGAGGAAAUAUAAAACCAUUGAAUCUGAAACAGUGAAGACCUCAGAGGUGAUUAAGAAGAAACUAGAAGAGAUCACAGGAACAGUGAAAGAGAGUUUGGAUGAAGUGAGUAAAAGUGACAUUGGCAGGAAGAUAAAAGAAGGAGUGGAAGAAGCAGCCAAAACAGCCAAACAAUCUGCAGAGUCUGUGACAAAGGGAGGGGAGAAACUGGGCAAGACAGCAGCCUUCAAAGCCAUCUCUCAGGGAGUAGAAACUGUUAAGAAGGAAAUAGAUGAGAGUGUUUUAGGACAAACUGGGCCUUACAGACGACCAGAGAGACUCCGAAAGAGAACAGAGUACUCAGGAGAGAGGAGCAAAGAGGAGAGAAUAUUCGAGGCCAAUGAGGAGGCCAUGGGCAUGGUGCUGCACAAAGACUCCAAAUGGUAUCAGCAGUGGAAAGAUUUCAAGGACAACAAUGUGGUUUUCAAUAGGUUCUUUGAGAUGAAAAUGAAGUAUGAUGAGAGUGACAAUGCCUUGAUCAGAGCUUCCAGGGCUGUCACAGACAGAGUCACCGACCUUAUAGGUGGAUUGUUCUCCAAGACAGAGAUGUCUGAGGUUCUGACAGAGAUCCUCAAAGUGGAUCCAAGCUUUGACAAGGAUCGUUUCCUGAAGCAGUGUGAGUGUGACAUCAUCCCCAACGUCCUGGAGGCUCUGAUCUGUGGAGAACUUGAUAUCCUCAAAGAUUGGUGCUAUGAAGCAACUUACAGUCAACUUGCUCAUCCCAUCCAGCAAGCCAAAGCCUUGGGGCUGCAGUUCCACUCCAGGAUCUUGGAUAUUGACAACCUUGAUCUGGCCAUGGGGAAGAUGAUGGAGCAGGGACCAGUUCUAAUCAUCACUUUCCAGGCUCAGGUGGUGAUGGUGAUUAAGAACCACAAAGGGGAAGUGGUGGAAGGUGAUCCGGACAAGGUUCUGAGGAUGCUCUACGUGUGGGCCCUGUGCAGGGACCAGGAUGAGCUCAACCCCUACGCAGCCUGGAGGCUCUUGGACAUUUCCUCAUCCAGCACUGAGCAAGUUCUCUGAGGAGAAUUCCAUCCAGGGCCUUCCUGAACCUCUCUGGAAGUAUCUCCAUCCCUGAAGUGGCAGCAGCUCGCUGCAUGGUGGACUGUGGGGGAAGAGAGGCCAGGCUGG